AUGUUGAGGCAGAUUGUCUGGCAACGGGGGGUCUCACGCAGGCUGACCCCAUGCCUCCGCCGUGGCCUUGCCACAGUUACUGACUCAACACCCGCCUCCUCACGCAUGCCCCCCUACUCGAAGACCGUACGAAACCUCGAGGAGGUCCGAAAGGUGCUAGGAUCAUCGCGCGCUCUUACUCUGGCCGAGAAGAUUCUAUACUCCCACCUUGCAAACCCGGAGGAGUCAUUGUUAACGGGUACCGAGAAUGGACGCGACAUUCGCGGCAAGGCGGAUCUCAAGUUGAAGCCCGACCGCGUUGCCAUGCAGGAUGCCUCCGCGCAGAUGGCUCUGCUUCAAUUCAUGUCCUGUGGCCUGCCAUCAACCGCUGUACCUGCCAGUAUCCAUUGUGACCACAUGAUUGUCGGUGAACGUGGUGCUGAUACCGAUCUGCCGGCGUCAAUUCAAGGAAACAAGGAGGUGUUUGAUUUCCUGGAGAGUGCCUCGAAGCGAUAUGGUAUUGAGUUCUGGCCUCCUGGCGCGGGUAUUAUUCACCAGAGCGUUCUGGAGAACUAUUCUGCUCCUGGCCUGAUGAUGCUCGGUACGGAUAGUCAUACCCCCAACGCCGGUGGCCUGGGCGCCAUUGCGAUUGGUGUCGGUGGUGCCGAUGCCGUCGACGCACUCGUUGAUGCUCCCUGGGAACUGAAGGCUCCGCGAGUUUUAGGUGUGAGACUAGAGGGAAAGCUGCAAGGCUGGGCCGCACCCAAGGACAUCAUUCUUCAUCUCGCUGGAAAAUUGACCGUCCGCGGUGGCACAGGUUUUGUCAUUGAGUACCACGGACCUGGAGUUGAAACGCUCAGCUGCACUGGUAUGGCUACUAUUUGUAACAUGGGUGCGGAAGUUGGCGCUACAACGUCGCUUUUCCCCUUUUCUCCCAGCAUGGUGCCGUACCUGAAGGCAACCCACCGCGCGGAUGUCGCCGAGGCGGCGGCCAAGAUCGCCGCUGGAGGGCCACAAAGCUUGCUCCGAGCGGACACCAACGCAGAAUACGACCAGCUCAUCACUAUCGACUUGUCAACCCUAGAACCACACAUCAACGGCCCCUUCACACCCGACCUCUCCGUUCCUCUGUCGCGCUUUGCGGAGACUGUCCGUGAGAAGAAAUGGCCCGAAACUUUCAACGCUGGUCUCAUCGGCAGCUGCACAAACAGCUCCUACGAAGACAUGACCCGCGCCGAACACCUCGUAAAGCAGGCCAAGGCCGCUGGCCUCACUCCCAAAGCAGAUCUCUUCAUCACCCCCGGUAGUGAACAAAUCCGCGCCACCCUCGACCGUGACCAGACUCUCUCUACCUUCGAAUCUGCCGGUGGCACUGUUCUCGCCAACGCCUGUGGCCCCUGCAUCGGCCAAUGGAAGCGUACCGAUGAGGUCCCAAAGGGCGAGGAUAACGCAAUCUUCACGUCCUACAACCGUAACUUCCCCGGCCGCAACGACGGCAACCGCCGCACAAUGAACUUCCUUGCCUCACCUGAGCUCGUCACAGCCCUCACUUACGCCGGCUCCACAACAUUCAACCCCCUCACCGACACUAUUCCCACACCUUCAGGCUCCGAAUUCCGCUUCGAGCCCCCAAGCGGCUAUGACCUACCCAGCGCCGGCUUCGAAUCCGGUAACCCCUCCUUCCAACCUUCCGCUGCCGUCCCAGACCCCAGCGUCGAAGUCAAGGUUUCCCCAACCUCCACCCGUCUCGCCGUCCUGGAACCCUUCGCUCCCUUCCCCAACUCCGACCUCCAAAACCUCAGUGUCCUCUACAAAGUCCGCGGCCAGUGCACAACAGACACCAUCUCCGCCGCUGGGCCGUGGCUCAAGUAUAAGGGUCACCUCCCCAACAUCUCAGAAAACACGCUCAUUGGUGCCGUCAACGCCGCCACCGGCGAGACAAACGUUGCCUACGACGAGGCCGGCAAGCAGCACACCAUCCCCGAGCUUGCGGCUCAAUGGAAGGCCCAGGGUCGCGAGUGGGUCGUUGUCGCUGAAGAUAACUACGGCGAGGGAUCUGCCCGUGAGCACGCUGCUCUCCAGCCCCGGUACCUCGGUGGCCGUGUUAUCCUGGCCAAGUCCUUUGCUCGUAUCCACGAGACAAACCUGAAGAAGCAGGGUGUUGUCCCGUUGACAUUCGCUGACAAGGCGGAUUACGACAAGAUUGAUGCCUGCGACGUUGUUGCUACGGAUGGUCUGUAUGAGACGUUGAAGAAUGCUGGUAAGGGCGAAAUCAAGGUUAGGGUUACGAAGAAGAGUGGUGAGGAAGUUGUUAUCCCUGUGAAGCACACGCUGAGUGCGGAUCAGUCUGCGUUUAUUCUUGCGGGGAGUGCGCUGAAUGUGCUUUCGAAGAAAUAA